GGCUCGUUGAGCUUAGUCCAAAUUCACCUCCUGCCCACACCAACGUCGACAUGAACCAUGAGACGAAGGGCUGCACCUCGCUCGGCUCAGUAUGGACAGGCAUGCAUGCGUUGUGCAAAGGCAAAAUGCCGCUGUGUCGGUCGAUCCGACGGCCAGGGCUGCGAGAGAUGCUAUCGCCUCAGCAAGCAGUGUCGUCCCCAUGAGUCCUCCAGCCAGCGUGCUGCCAGUCAACACAGCCAAGAAUCGGACGAUCGCGUCGCCCAGCUCGAGGAUAGAAUCAACAAUCUCUUCUCGCUGCUGAAGACCCGCGCUGAUGCUGAUGGGGAAGACAAUGGCAGUCGUCCUCUCGUCGGCGACGAGCAGCAACAGCAGUCUCGACACGCCCAUUUCACGCCCGAUCUUCCGUCGUUUUCCAACAGGCCCACUCCAGAUCUCGGCGGCACUGAGAUUUCCCAUGUUCAUGUUGAUACCGACAUCGAUAACCCUGUCCCAUCUGUUUCUAUUGCUGUACAAAAAAUGCCCAACCACCACAGUCCCGUGUCUCAGGCCACUGUUGCAGCACCUUCACAGCCAAUUGACGGCAUUUCUGUGGCCUGUCUCGACACUUUCACCACGCGCAUGCUGCCUCGACUCCCCAUCAUUCACUUCCCAGAGACAAUGACAGCCGAGCAGCUGUGUCGCGACAGGCCCCUACUAUUCCAGACCAUCGUCUGCGUUGCGUGGCCAUUUACAACAGAGAAGACGACCCGCGCGACCGAGUUGAAGCAUGCCCUUCUCGAAGCCGCCUUCCUGCGGCGGACCGAGGCUGAUAUUGAGCAUUAUCUCGACUUGUUGUUGAGCCUGUUGACCUACGUGGCCUGGGGCUGGGAUCAUGUGCACAACCGCGGGAGCCUUUCACACCUCGUCAUGCUGUGCAUGUCACUGGCAGGCGAGAUGCGACUUGACAGGCCCGCCCUGAAGCGUGGCGACCACCACACGGGCAGUCUUCUAAUGGAACCGGCGGCAGCGUCUCGGCGCUCACUCGACCGUCCACAGCUCUCCCCCGAGGCCCAACGUGCCGCGCUAGGUUGUUUUAUACUCAGCUCUGCCGUAUCGGAAUACUUUGAGGAUGUGGAUCCCCUGGCAUGGACGCCGCAAUUAGACAAGAUUCUCGUUGACAUGAGUGCGGCCAAGGUGUGCCCGGCUGACUUGGACCUGGUCUAUCAAGUCCGCCUCCAGCUGCUCCUCACCAAGGCCCUCCGUCUUCGUCAGAUGCUAGAGCAGCAGACAAAUCAAGAAACCCAAGCCAAACCAUCAGCAGCCACGAUAUUGGCGGAUGCCAAGGUGCUCCAUGGCGAAGUGCAAGAACUCCGUGGACAACCCUCCCGGUCUUCUCGACAUCACCAGCUUCAACUAGCGCAUACUUAUUACGUGGAAUUGCUCAUUCUAGAGACGAUACGUGCAUCCACCAUGAUCCUUUCAAGUCUCGACCCCCCAGGGUCGGCCAACGGCGGCGGCGGCGGCGGCGAUCCCAUGCAGGAGCCCAUCCCGCCUGGCUGCAGUGACCUGUCAUACAUGUGGCAAUCCGUGCUCGCCAUCAGCGCCUGCACCUCCGGCCUGCUGAGCCUCCCCACUCCCGACUUUGUCGGCAUCGCUUUCCUGCAGUGGGAACAGCUCGCAGGCUGCGUGGUGGUGUUGAGCCGGCUUGAGAGCCUGGAGGACUCACGCAUCAAUCGCGCACACGCCCGGAGCGUCAUCGACCUUCCAGUGCUCCUGGACGCCAUCGCCGAGAAGGUCGAGUCGACAGCGGACGAGGCGGGCGAACAAGGCUUGGGCCCGCCCGGCGGCGUGUUCACGCAGCUCGCCGCGGGCAUGCGUGCAUUCCGCUCGCACGUUCAGGGCUUCCUGGUCGAGCUUUCACGGCCGGGUCCGGACGAGGUGUCCGGCUGCGGAGGCAGCAAUGUAGUUCAGCCUCUUUACGGACACCUAAAUACCCAGGGGCCUGCCAGCAGAUUUUGGAUGGACCAGCUUUUUCAAGGAUGAUGAUUACACUAUCUCUGACUGCACAUAAAUGUCAGAUCUACUACCAUAUCCAACCGUGGCUUGCAAACCUUGUGUAUCGAAAUCGGCGAUUCGUAGACCUUAAAGUAGACUGAAUAUCAAACGAUAUAUACCG